CGGCGGAGUCAGUCCGUUGUGUCCGUGUUCGUAAAACUUGCGCACAGUGCGUCCGUAGUGAGAAAACCUCGAAAGGGUUUUUGAAGGUUUUUUUGUUUGACUGCGUGGUGUUUACAAGUUUUUUGUUCGUAUGGUGAUGUCAGGCGAAGGCGGUCUGGCCAUGCACCAGCUCCCGAUGCAUCAUCGCGGCGGCCUGGUGCAGCCCAGUUUGGUCAUGAACCCGCAUCCUCUGGGAGACAACGGAUGCUCUCUGGACCCCGCAAACAAAAAAGCAAGAAGACUAAGCUGCUGUGUGGGAUGCGGGGGCCAAAUACACGACCAGUACAUUCUUCGAGUGGCUCCAGAUCUGGAGUGGCACGCGGCCUGUUUGCGGUGCCAGGAGUGUAAAAUGUUCCUCGACGAAAAUUGCACGUGUUUUGUAAGAGACGGAAAAACCUACUGCAAACGGGAUUAUGUGAGAUUGUUUGGUACAAAGUGCGACAAGUGCGGCUCGUCGUUCAGUAAAAACGACUUCGUGAUGCGCGCCAAAAGCAAAAUCUACCACGUCGAGUGUUUUCGGUGCUGCGCGUGCGCGAGACAGUUGUGCCCGGGCGACGAGUUCGCGCUACGCGACGGCGGCGCCCUCUACUGCAAAGAGGACCACGACGUGAUGGAGAAGACGGCCCAGGCGCAAACGGGCGCCGCCACUGCGCACGUGGCAGGCGCAGGAGAAAGCAACAACAACAAUAGCAUCAACAACAACAAUAACCAUAGUAAUAAUUCCACGGAACUGGGGUGUAUGUCAGACAGCGGUUCGGAGAGCGGCUCGCACAAGGGCGGCGGACUACGAAAAAGCUCAGGAGGCGGAGGUGGAGGCGCCGGGGCGGGCAGCGACGGCAAACCGACGCGGGUGCGAACGGUGCUGAACGAGAAACAGCUGCACACUUUGCGCACUUGCUACGCGGCGAACCCACGUCCCGACGCGCUUAUGAAGGAGCAGCUCGUCGAGAUGACGAGCCUGUCGCCCCGCGUCAUACGCGUAUGGUUUCAGAAUAAACGGUGCAAGGACAAGAAGAAGACGAUACUGAUGAAGCAGCAGAUGCAGCAGGAGAAGUAUUAUACGCAGGACGGGCGAAAGUUGGGCUACGGCGCGAUGCAGGGUAUUCCCAUGGUCGCUUCAUCACCUGUCCGGCACGAUUCCCCGAUUGGAGUCCAUCCGUUAGAAGUGCAGGCCUACCAACCACCGUGGAAGGCGCUCAGCGACUUCGCGUUGCACUCCGACCUUGAACAACCUCACCAACCCGCCUUUCAACAGCUAGUGAACCAGAUGCACGGCUAUGACCUGCCGCCCCCCUCCAUGGGAGGCCCACCAGGCCCGCACCCGGGCAUCCUGGGCGGUCCGGGCGGCCUGCCCCCCUCAGACGCAAUGACCCACCCGGACAGCACUGACAGCUACGUGACGUAUCUAGACAGCGACGAAAGUCUGCCGGCCAGUCCCUAACACAGUAACAACUAGCCGCCGCGAACGACGGCAACGUCGCCGCUACCCGAGGUAAAAAGCAACGUUGCCGCCGCAGCCCUGCUCUUAGAUUGUUGGAAGGCCCUGAUCAAAGACACCCUCCUACGCGGUACGCGGCACGAAAGUUCUACUUCUUA